UUCUUUAUACAAUUGCAGACUGGACGAGUCCGCUGACUGCACCAGCAACGGUUACGGCAGCGGCAAUGGCAACGGGCGUCGCAGUAACUGUGCCGCCAGCUGCAGAGGUGAACGUGGCUGAUGUGGAUAUUGUGGAUGUUGUGGAUGUUAUGGAUGUGGAUGUUGUGGAUGGACAUCCAGCUUCGGUGCUGCACAUGCGUCAGCAACAACAUCAGGCGCUCAAUCAGUUGCAGUUUCAGACGCGGCCUCGCCUCCUCCGCGUCAUCCUCUUCGUCGGCGGUUUUAAGCCCCCGCCUCCAAUGGCCGUCAGCUUUGAUGUGCUCAACGGCGGCAGCGCUGCCGCUGCGGCUGCCUAUAUGUCCAACGUACUGCAGGCGCGCCGCCGCCGCCCACUGCCCGCCUCACCGAUGCAGUCGACAGCGGCGUCGCGCUUCGGCGCCAUUGAUCUAGACGAUGUGAAUCCGAGCGCUGUGCAGGAGCUUUCGCAACGACUUGAGACGAAGCUGCGCGACGCGAAGAGUCGACAUCUCGCCUGCACCGAGGUGACGCUGCCCAACGAUCUCACGCAGCGCAUUGCCGCCGAAAUCAUACGCAUGUCUGAGCGAGAGCCGUGCGGAGAGCGAGCUUGCACUAUUUUCAUUGAGUUCGAGAGUGAGCCGAACAACGUGAGGCGCAUUGCCUCGUUUAAGGUUGAUCCGGACACAGUCUCCAUAUUCGAGCUUUAUCUCACGCUGAAGCAGGACAAGAGCGGCUGGACCUCCCUACUGCCACAGUUUCUCAAAAAUCUAACACGCAGCAAUACGAUUUUGAUCAGUCCCGAUUUUACAUUGACCAAGAACAAGCUUUACUCUUCCGAGAGACAGAGAGAGAGAGUGAGCACAUGAGGCAUGCAGAUGGAAGGCGUGGACGUGGGGCGUGGUGAAAGCUGCUUACACUCAUUACACAACUCCGAAUAAGUAAAUGAUAACAAGAUCU